GCAAAAGUAAGAUUCACGAGGAGAUCAGAGACAGAGAGAGAGAAGAGAUGGGGAAGAUGGAGGAGUACAAGCCAGAAAUGGCAAUGACGAUGAUCCAACUGUGUUAUGCAGGAGUGACUCUUUUUGGAAGAGCUACUUUGGUUAAUGGAUUAAGCCCUCGCGUUUUUAUCCUCUAUAGGCAAGCCUUUGCAACCAUUUUCAUCUUCCCAUUUCUUUACUUUUCAAGGAGAAAAUCAGAGAUAGCUAUAUCAUCUUUGGAUCUAAGGAGCUUUUCUUUAAUAUUUUUGGUCUCGCUUAUAGGCAUUACAGUAAAUCAAAAUCUGUACCUUGAAGGUCUUUAUUUAACUUCAUCGUCCAUGGGAAGUGCCGUUGGUAACAUCAUUCCUGCAAUCACCUUCCUCAUCUCAUUUCUCGCCGGAUACGAGAAACUGAAUCUCCGGGAUAUAAGAAGCUUAGCCAAGAUUGCAGGGACAAUUCUCUGUGUAGUAGGAGCCGUUUCCAUGACUCUGCUUCGUGGACCAAAGAUUCUCAACUCAGAAUCAGCUUUACCACUUGCUAAAUCGGUAUUGGGAAAUAUUCUUAAAGACCAGAACAUGUGGUUGAUUGGUUGUUUGUUCUUGUUCUCUAGCACUCUUUGCUGGUCCUUUUGGCUUAUUCUUCAGGUACCGAUCUCUACCUACUACCCGGAUAACCUCUCUUUAUCAGCAUGGAUGUGUUUAUUCGGAACAAUACAAUGUGCGGUCGUCACUUUCUUCCUGGAGAAGGAUUCAAACGCCUGGAUUCUUCAUUCCUACUCCGAGUUUGCCACAUGUCUCUAUGCAGGAAUUGGGGCGUCGGCACUUUCAUUUACUGUCCAAGCUUGGGCUAUAUCAAAGAGAGGUCCUGUGUUCUCUGCACUUUUUAACCCUCUUUGUACAGUCAUUGUCACAAUCUUGGCUGCUCUGUUCUUUCAAGAAGAGAUAUACACUGGAAGCCUAAUCGGAGGAUUAGGGGUGAUAAUGGGACUAUACACAGUUCUCUGGGGCAAAGCAAAAGAUGUCAUGAUGAAUCAAGAACAGAUCAGAGAAAAUGAUCAGAAAUCAGAAGUGAAGAUUCAUAUCGAAGAUUCUUCAAACAAAACAAUCUGUAACAGAGACCUGAAGAAUCCUCUUCUGUCCAAACACAACUCAAUAGAAGAAAUUCAAACACAUCAACAACUAAACUAAUUCAAGAUUCUUCCAUUCUUC